AUGUUUGCCAGAACCGCCUUCAGGGUCGCGCAGCCCCUCAAGCUGCAAGCCCGUCGCUACGCCACCGAGCCCGCCGCCAAGGGCAGCAGCUCCAACACGGCGCUCUAUGCCGGCGGCGCGGCCGCCGUCGCGGGCGGCGCCUACUACUUCCUUGCGGGAGGCUCCUCGGGCGCGGCGCAAAAGGCCGAGGCCAAGGUCAAGGAGGCCGUCGGUGCGGCGCCCAAGAAGGCGCUCACGGGCGGCGACCAGGGCUUCGUGUCCCUGAAGCUCGAGGACUCUGAGAUCAUCAACCACAACACCAAGAAGCUGCGCUUCAAGCUGCCCGAGGACGACAUGGUUUCUGGUCUCGACGUCGCGAGCGCCAUCUUGACCAAGUACAAGGGUCCCGAGGACGAGAAGGCUACGUUGAGGCCUUAUACUCCUACCAGCGAUGAGGACGCCAAGGGCUACCUCGAGCUCAUCGUCAAGAAGUACCCCAACGGCCCCAUGUCGACGCACAUGCACGACAUGACCCCCGGCCAGCGCCUCGACUUCAAGGGACCCCUCCCCAAGUACGCCUGGUCCCCCAACAAGCACGAGCACAUCGCCCUCGUCGCCGGCGGCACGGGCAUCACGCCCAUGUACCAGCUCGCGCGCGCCAUCUUCAACAACCCCGAGGACAAGACCAAGGUGACGCUCGUGUUCGGCAACGUGACGGAGGAGGACAUCCUGCUCAAGAAGGAGCUCGCCGAGCUCGAGAACACGUACCCGCAGCGCUUCCGCGCCUUUUACGUGCUCGACAAGCCGCCCAAGGAGUGGAGCGGCAACAAGGGCUUCAUCAGCAAGGAGCUGCUGAAGCAGGUCCUCCCCGAGCCCAAGAGCGAGAACAUCAAGGUUUUCGUGUGCGGCCCCCCCGGGCUGAUGAAUGCUAUUUCUGGUAACAAGAAGAGCCCCAAGGACCAGGGCGAGCUUGUUGGUACCCUCAAGGAGUUGGGGUACUCUCCUGAGCAGGUCUACAAGUUCUAG